CCUGUUUCAUGUGAGGCUCUACACGUGUAUUUUGGACUUUUAUGAACUCGGACAAUGAGCUCUUUUUGUUUAUUUCAUCCAAAACACCGCCCUGUCUAGUUACACAAACAAACGAAUCGAAACGAGUUCAAUUCAAACGCGAGUCUUUCUUGCUCGUGCUAGGUUUGUUUGUCAUGUGAGGUCGUUUUAUGUGUCAUCCGUCGCGGUGAAACCUGAGAACAACCACGAAAAUUAGGAAACCCUGGAUGCGCUUCACAGAUCAACUGUCACUGAGCUGCUGUGUUAACAAAGCCCAUUCCCCGGGUUGCGUCCUGACGAUGACUGCUCCGGUGUAUCUCGUCGACGGCUCUCCGCUUCGAGAUCCGCUCUUCACAGCCGUAAUCAGCGAAAGGAUGCGGGUCCCGGACCGACUCAGAGUCGCUCAGACGGCGGUGGAGGAUCUGAAAGCCAGUGCUGAAGAUCUGCCUCCCGCUUUCAGCAUGCAUGUCCCUGACAGACUGGCAUUAACAGAUGCUCCUGACCUGAGUCCACGGCCCCUUUUCUCCCAGCACAACGCUAGAGGUCAUGCGUCUUCAUUGUGGAACCUGCGGCAGGGACCCUGGGAUAGGGAAACAUUCACGCGAGAGCACGCUCAGAGUCCACUACGGAGAUCGUAUAGCGACCAAACUUUUGGUAGAACCCCAUCCGGGACGCCGACACACUCCAAACACUUUUCUUCAGGAAGCCACAGUGCUGGAACGAUGCCCGCUGUACCCACAGACCCACCCCUACCUGAACCCCAGGGGCUCGGUGCAGUUGCCCCAGUCCUCCUGACACCUCAGAGCGUUCUGCAGGCUGCCAAGAAGCUGGGCAAGCAGGCCUCGUACAAAAUCCUCCAGACUGUCACUCAGAAAUACUCCUCCAGGUUUGGUUUCCCAGAAUACCCUCCACCUCAACAAGUUGAGUAUCGCGCUGAUCCUGAUCAGACCAGGACAAGCACUACACAGGAGGUCUGGCGCAGUCCUGAGGAGGAGAGCGGAACUACAGUCGAAUUAAUAGUGCUUCGCCGACAGAUGAUGAAGAUGAACAGACGGAUAGCAAGUCUGGAGAAACAGAACGCCGAACGCAAACAGAGCGAACUGGUGCUCUUCUCCCUGCUGCUUUCUGCCUGCCUGAUCAACGGCUGGCUCUGGAUACGCAAAUAAACCCGCAAAGCCCUCUGGGAGAUCAGCUCCUAACACCCGCUACUUAAUUCUUGCACUUAAUACAGCACUCAGCGUAAGAGCUCACUGUGACCAGAGGUAGGUUCGAAUCAGGGGUGUUGUAUACGAGCGUGAAGUUUAAGGGAUUUAAAGGGAAGAUCACAAGAAUUUCCCACAACACACCACUGUGAUGAUCGUGGGAGAGUGGGAGGGGAAAUGCGUGCAGAUCAGAAGUUUUCUCUCGUUUCUCAUAUCCAAUGGGAAGCUCUGGAGCAGCGUCUCCUGUCGUAUUUCUGACAGUGAAUAUAGUUAGAGUGCUUCAGUUUAGUUAGUAUUAGUUUACUGUGGACUGGGAAUGCAAAGUGGAGCUAAUCACACGAUCUUAUCAAUAGGGGUGUUACAGCAUCAUGGUUAGUCACAAGUUAAAUUUCUUAAGAAUUCUUUUUACCCUGUGGUUGGUUCUCAUCCUUUUCGUGCCUGGGUACGACGCCCCAAUAGCUUGCAUCCCCUUUUGCCCCCAUUUCUGGACUCCCCCAAAUUAUAACGAUUAUAAUUCAUAUUUUUUCUUAACUCAGCAUGAUACCUUUCCUCACCAACACACUCUCUUUCUUUCAGAUAACAGCCUGAUAAAUCCAGUCUGUUUAUAUGAUUUUAUAAAUUCUUGUUCCUGUUUGUUUUUUGUUGUACAUUUAAAAUAAAGGGGCGUUAAGGGAUGUUCACAGAAUUUUGUAAUACAUUUUUGGUUUAAUUUUUUACCAUCGGUGAUGAUUUUUUAUUUUUUUAAUGGACGAUUAACUGUGAAACCGUGACACUCUAGUCAACAAAAUAUCCUAGUACCAUGACUAUUUCAAACCGCAACACUUCCUCCUAACCAUGGGGUUUUUUUUUUUAUUGUUGUAAAAAUGUAAAAAGUUUUGAGCAAACAACAGACAACGUUCACUCCUUGAAUACGCACUUGUGCUUUUAUAUUUCAAAUGCAUAAAUUUUUAUUGUUUUAAACGCUAUACUAGUGUAUCAGAGGUUUUGCAUGCAGCUGAUGUUUGUAAACAAACAAAGUGCCAAGAAAUCAACAACUGAUUGCUCAGUAUAGUUAUUUAUUGAAAAAAUUAAAUUAAAUUUCAUUAAGAAAAAAAAAAAUGUCAAAUGUUAUUUUGAAACAUGUUCAGGAGUAUAAACCAAAUAAUAAAAAGGUCAAAACUGCAAAAUGGAACUGUAUGAGAUGAAUUUUGUAAAAAAUAAAAUAAAAGGAUUUGAUUAAAGAGAAUACAAUUUAAUUACAAUGAAACAAACAAUUGUACAGUAAUAAAUGUUGUCAAGCAGCAACUUGGGUACACACUUGGUGACAAAACCAAUACUCAGGAUUUCAAUGAAAAAUGUUCCUCGCUUGGAGGAUGGGGAGAAAACUAUCCAUCACUGGCCCGAAGUGGGAGAUACUGUACAUCACUCAGGGACAAGACUGUUUGUAGAUUGUCCUGAGCAGGGCUACAACACAUUCUUGUUUUGUUUUCAGUAACAAAAGUAGCAAGACCAUCAAGAACAAUGACUGAACUCUAGGUGGGACCUUCAGGAAAUGAUACGACGACACGAAUAAUCAGCACACUGACCUUUACAUAACUGACCACAGGCACGCCUGAUGUACGAUUUUAAAACAAGGACGUCUCGAGUCCGUCCCAAAAUAAGUCGCCGCUUAAGAUUCCUUUUUCCCAGAAACGUACCUCUAAACGACGGCCACGGAUCCCACCCAAACCUCCAAUCAGCAGCUCUCAGGUCCAUUGUCCGUGCCCAAAACAUAGCUCGAGGCGUUGUACAGAAUUACUGGAAAUGUUUUAGUGUACAAGGCACAUUUGAACAGUGGUCAUUAUCCAUAGUGCUGGAAUGAUUAUUUAUAUCCUCGUUAAGCGAGAACUUGUACGUUAAACACGUGGCUCAAAUGACCAAGAAAACGUACAGAUAAAAAUCUGUGCAGGAAAUGUCAAGUACCAGAUUUAAAUAAUACAGAACAGGUAUUUCUCUGAUGUUUCAUGCUGAAGACCUCUAUUCACUCUCUCUUUCUCUCUCUCUCUCUCUCUCUCUCACACACACACACACACACACACACACACACACACACACACACACAUAUAUAUAUAU